AUGGAUUCGGCCGCGGCUGCUCCAGACGCGACGUGCCCACCGUCAUUGUCAACAUGUUGUGUCUUUUCUCGUCUUGCGAGAAUAACCCGCCGCUGGUUCUUCGACCGCUCUGGCAUACUCCCUGCUAACACAUGCGUUUCAUGCAGCAUCGCCAACAUUGCCGAUCAGAUCAGUUUCACACCCCCCGUGACUAGAAAAGCGCCUCCCCGGCCUUGGGAGCGAGUACCGUCAACCCCGUUCUUGGCGCGUCACAAGUCGCGGAAGAUCUGGAAGCGAUUCCGGACCAGCAUGCAGGCGCUCCGCGGGCAGAUUGGGAGAGGGAAGAUCGAGGAGAAGGAACUAGUCCAGGAAAUCAACGCAUCGGCGAAUGCAGAUUUUCUCCGCGGCGUGAAACGGCUGUGUCUGGGGAUUGAGGGCCCCGAUUCGCAAUCUGGGCGGGGUCGCUCCUUUCUGGAGACCAAAUGGGAACUGGAGACAGGCAGGAGAAGACGCAAGGUGGCCAUGGCGGCAGACGAGGAUUCCUGCAUGACUUGGGACUCUGAACCGGAGCGAUUGGCUGGAACAGCGCAGGAGACUGACAGUCAAGACCAUGAGCUAGCUUGCAGUGGAGAGGAGACUCAAGCACCGGCAGACACCGAGGAAGACCAGCGUGUCACGACACCAGAAACUAAAAUUACGGACGACGUUAACAACUCCGAACAAGUUGACCCCGCAGCAGACAUCGACAGCGAUGCAGCAGACUUUCAGGAUUUGAUCGCGACGCAGGAGUCAACUUUGGUUCGAUCUGCUUUGAGAAUGAACUCUCUCGACGGAGACGAUGCGGCGCUCCUCAGCGAGUUCCUGUCGCGCGCACAGGCCAAACGAGCGGCUAAAGCUGCGAAGAUACCCAAGGAUGAGAUGAAGGAAGAACUAGUACCCAACUCGCCUACGGUUCGAACACGCCAGGCUCUGGAGGAACUGGACAAGAAUUCCCCAUCUCCCCAGAAACCGCAGUUAUUGUCUCCGUCCAAGGCAGAAAAGCCAUCCGGUUCACCAGAUGACCCUAUGAAGGAUGAGGAGGACGAGGAGGCCGGUAACCCGGCAUCGCCAGCUGCCUGCCGCCGAAGCAGCAGAAUACGGUUGCCCAAACCUCCGCAGCGUGCCCCGCGCCCGGCUGUCCCGAACCAGAUUCCUCUCAGGCGCGCAAAAGGGACGGAGUUUGUAUUUCUGCAGCGGACCGAGGCGCAGGAGCUGGCCCUCACGACCCGUCGGAACACGCGCCGCAACAAAGGAGACGCGCUGCUGCCUAAGUAUGCCCUGCAGGCAAUGGCCAAGCGGCAGGAAGAAGAGGCUGCAUCAUCUCAUCUCGACAACAGCGACGAUGCGGCUGCUCGCCAGUCUACGCGUAAACGGGCUGGUGCGAAGCAGGUGUCCUGGAAAGAGGAUCAGCUCGUCGAGUAUGUCGAUGGGAAGAGCAAAAACAGCGGCAACGACGUGAGUGGCGGUGCCGACAAGAAGAAGACGGCGAUCCGGCGCAAUGCCAGCAAAAGCACCAGUCGGGAGAAGGAGACUGUCGCUGCAAGCCCCGGUUCAACGCCCAAGAAACCAGUGCGGCGCCUAGCGCUGCCGGCGGCUACCACCACCUCCUCAACUACCGAUUCUGGUGCCACCACAAGCACGAAGCCGAUUUCUGUGGGCACGCCGAUUCCGAAACGCAAGAAACUGACGCCUAAGUCUCCGGGAGCUGGUUUACUGAAACUGCCUGCAAAAGGAGCCUUGAGCAAGACGGUGACUAGCAGCAGCAGCAAAUCAGGCAUCAAAACGACUACUAGCAGCACCUCCUCCUCCAAGAUGAGCAAGACGAGCAGUAUCCCUACCAGUAGCAGCAAGGGUCAGACCCUACUCAAGGCCGGGCCAGCAGGUGCGACGCCUAUGGCCAAGCGUGUGCGGGCGAAAAAGGUGGCAUGA